AUGGCCCAAGCUGAACCAAUCAGCACGUUACGGCGGAGACGAAACGCCCUAGCCGGUCGACUUGCAACCAUGAAGCGCGAACUCGAUGAAUACGAAGCGUCUGGGAAGGCAAACAGAAUCUUCCUAACAUCUGGCCGCAGCUCGUUCGAUGAACUUUGGAGGAGGAUAUUCGCGGUUCAAGAAGAGUUAGAUGGGUUAGAUGAGGAGGAAGAUGCGCGUGUAGCUUCGUUAUCGCAAGAGCAUCGGGAGCUUGACAUGCGGUUCCUAGGUCUCUUUGAGCAAAUGUCAGCAACAACCCCGUCGACAACAAAAACAGGCGAGACAUGCCGGAAACCAGAGCCGACCACCGUUCCAGAGGUCCGCGUGCCCCAAUUCGACGGUGCCCUCGAGAACUGGACCUAUUUCUACGACACGUUCUCAUCCAUAGUGGACCGUAACGAAAGUUUGACGAAUGUCCGAAAGUUCCAGCAUCUACGCUCAUCUAUAACUGGACGGGCCGCACAGAGUAUCCAGUCAUUAGAACUCACAGAGGCCAACUAUCCCAUCGCGCUUGACACGCUGAAGGAUAAGUUCAAUUGCCCCCUCCAAAUCUGCAUGCGCCAUUGGAAUUUGAUGCGCAACUAUCCGAAAAUCAAAAAGGAAACUCCAGAAGCCCUAGAGGAUUUGUUGGAAACCAUCAGCGUAAAUCUAAAGGCGCUCGAACACCUAAAAGAGCCCGUCACAUCAAAUACAGCGAUUAUCGAAUUGAUCGCGUCGAAAUUGCCCUCGUCCAGCCUGCGUAAAUGGCAACGCACACUGCCCCGCCAACAGGUGCCAUCCUAUCAGCAUCUGAUAGACUUUCUCAAAACACGGGCGAACGGGACUCAAUUCCUCUCUAAAGAGAAGGAAUCAAAAGGGUCAACCCACAAACACCACAGUCAGCGAACAACCAUACCGCAUGGGCGAACCCUUGCUACAACCAGCAGAACGGUGGUGUGUCCGACCUGCAACGGACCUCAAGAGAUCAGACACUGUAAAAUCUUCAAGGCCAAAUCAUCGACCAAACGUUUUCAGAUCGUGAAGAAGGCAUCGUUGUGUAUAAAUUGCCUAGGCAGAGGACAUUCGCCGACACAGUGUACAUCGGCACAGAUCAAGGUUUUGAACAAACAGGCACAACCAAUCCGAGCCCGAGCCUUACUCGACACUGGGUCGAGCAUGAACUUCAUGACCGACAAGCUCGCGAAUUCCCUUGGUAUAAAGCAAAGGAGAUGUGCGAUCCAGAUCGGAGCCCUCGACAAUUUGAGCACCACGGCAAAACCAUACACCACGGCCACAAUCACGUCAACGGACGGCAAGUAUAAGAAGACAUUGAAAUUUCUUGUUAUCCCGGCCAUAUCGACCUUCGUACCAAGCGAGCCCAUCGACCCCUCGAGUCUGGGAUUACCCAGAAAUAUUCAACUAGCCGAUCCACAAUUCCAUUGCCCAGCCCCGAUCGAUGUCUUACUUAGAACCGGAUCAACAUUUGCGUCGCUGUGCAUCGGGCAGGUCAAUCUGGCGCAACCAGGCGAACCUGAACUACGUCUACAAAAAACACGCUUCGGCUGGGUAAUCGGGGGGAGUCCCACGUCCCAAACCGCGAUAAAUACGUUCCACGCAACCACAACGGCUCUGCAAGAGGACCUCGCACGGUUUUGGGAGAUCGACGAGGGACCGGCCACUACUCAUCUUUCGGAAUCGGAACGACUAUGUGAAGAACAUUUCCGAAACCAUGUCCGACGAACCAAGGAAGGCAGAUACAUCGUUGCAUUACCAUUCAACGAAAAGCUUUCCUCACUAGGGUCAUCGAAGGCCGCUGCAAUGAGCAGGCUCGCCUCUCUUCAUCGUCGAUUCCAACGCGACAAACAAUAUGAAACCGCGUAUAGUGCUGUGAUCCAAGAAUAUUUAGACUUGGGUCACAUGACGAAGAUCAAAACGGAUCACGCCACCGACCACGGGUAUUAUUUACCACAUCACGGCGUGAUCAAGGAAUCGAGCGACACCACCAAGCUCCGGGUUGUGUUCGACGGCUCAGCAUCAAGUACCACGGGAGUGUCUCUGAACGACGCCCUUCAUACGGGCCCGAAAUUACAAGAAGACCUGAGAAACAUCCUAUUGAGAUUCCAGUCAUUUCAAUAUGUCCUUACCGGCGACAUCGAGAAAAUGUACCGUCAAUUCAUCCUACGUCCAGAAGAUCGUCCUUAUCAAAAGAUUCUGUGGCGUGCCGACAACGGAGAGAUCGAAACAUACCGACUCAACACCGUAACGUUCGGUCUAUCCGCAGCCCCGUAUCUGGCCAUCCGAUGUCUCAAACAGUUGGCAGAAGACGAGGGACCUAGAUUUCCGAGAGCAGCGCAGAUCCUACGGCGAGACUUCUAUGUCGACGAUGCGUUGACCGGAGCCGAUACAAAGGACGAAGCCUUAUCAGUCAGGAAUGAUCUCACGAAAUUACUUAAGCUAGCCGGUCUAAAUAUCCGCAAAUGGGCAUCAAACGAUCGGGAUCUGCUAUGA